CAAUAAACCAAACUUGAUAGGGAACCUUAUUAAUUCUCCAGACCUCUCUACAAUCUCAAACAGUGUCCUGAGUUUGCCAGCAAUGAAGCCCGUAAAUCCCAAAGAACAGAAAAUUAUCAACUUGUUAAUGGAAAGUGAUCCAAGCUUGCAAUAUUCUAUAGAUAAUACUAUACUAGCACCACAAAUUAACACCUCCAAGCCUUUUAUCAGUGAGCAUGAUAUUAUUAUUAAACUUGCUUUCCAGCUAAGUCAAUACUGGACAAAAGCUCAGAAAGUAGUUGAAGUCUUUAAAGAUAUUAAAAACAAGUCCAAAGGAUCAGUCGCACAAGAGCCAUACUUUGCAAUCUUCACAAAAAGAGACAGAACCUUUUUCAGAUCAUUUACUAAAAAUGAAAAUUUGAAAGAAAACCAUCAAAAAGAAUAUAAAUCCCUUGAGAACAAAUUCACAGAUUUAGCCAAACUCAAAUUUUAUGAAAUUGCUCAACUAUUAGAAUUUGAAUAUAAUUAUUUUCUCAAAAACAAUAACAAAACAGUUGACUAUAUAGAGCUAUUAGAGCUUUGCAAGCAACUACUUUAUAAAUCCCUUUCACCUCUUCCUGAAACUUACAAUCAAAUUCCAAUAGAAAUGAUAGUUAAACACUACUGA